AUGAGCGUCGUUGCAACCGGUGUCAAUGGUCUCGUGACGUCACCUGAUCAGCCCAUGUACCGUGUCAGCUCUACGAUCUCGCACUGCGUCAACUCGUCCGCAACAACGUCGGACGCCCUCGUGAACUUGCUUGUCGAUGCAUCGCCGAAUGGAAGUCCGCUUCUUACGUUUGGAUUUUACGACAGUCGUGCCGACGCCGUCGGCACGACGUUUGCGCUAGUCGCUUCGUGGCACAUGGAUGUCAAACACACAAAUGCCCGAAAUGUGACAAUCGGGCUCAACGACGAUCAGUCGGCGCUGACGUUUCGCGUGCGGUUCCCGAUGACGUGCAGCGACGUCCGUUGGCUAUCGCUCCGAUAUGUGAUCGCGUUCGAAUCCGUGUCGCUGAGCGCGUUUACGGACUAUUUGCACGGGAAAGUGUUACCGGGAGGGUUGCAGAUCGCUCUCGCGCUCAAGUACCUCAUUCAACUGACCUUUCUCACGAUCCUUCUCAUGGUGAUCGCGUUCAAUAUCUGGUCUCUUUGGCUGCGCUUCAAUUCGCUCACCGAGUUCGGAAUCAUUCUGCCGCAGAAAGGGCGCAUGACGAUUGCGCUCACGGACGGGGAGAACCUCCACGCGUGGUUUACGCUCCGCAACGGCGUCCGCGCCGCCACUGCGUUUCUAACGGAAUGGACAACGGCAUUUGUCGGAGGCGCGCUACUCCAGUUUGCUUGCACGGCGACGGGCAUUCUCGUGUACUGUAUCGCCGGGGCAGCGCCACUGCCCACGUAUUUUUUGCUCUUGAUCGGUCUCUUUGGGUCGCUCUCAACGCUGGCAAUGCUCGUGCCUUUGGCCGCAGCGCUCGACAUUCAGCACAAGCACGGGCCGAUGCUGCGAAAGCAACUGCUCGAGCUCGACUUUGCACGCCGAAAGGCGCUGUUGCAAGGCGAUGCAUCGGGAUUUGACGAGCGCAUUGCGAUGUUCGAGUCCAUCAUUGACGCGAUCGAAAACCACGACGACCGUCUGACGUAUUUUGGAAUUGAGAUUGCAGUCGCACGGCUCGCGACGCUUGGAGCGACGCUUCUCUCGCUCCUUUCGUUUGUGGCAUUCCGAGCGGUGCCUAUCACGUGGUCGACCCUCAACACCGCCAACAUUUUGAUGAGUCCAGAUGUGUACCAAGACGCGUUGAAUCCACUUAAGAACACACCUCAGACCAGACACUAA